AUGGCCAAAUGCAGAGUCGUAGUGGCUGACCAAAAACAUUUAGGAGGCACAAUGUCUGCCAACCAGGGCAUGAGCCGUCGCAGUGUCUACAAUUAUUUCCUCAACAUGGUGGCCUAUCAGAUAUGCUGCUGCUGUGGGCCUGCUCCUUGCUCGCUAUGCUGUGCCUUCUGUCCUCCAGUCAAAUCAUCCACUAGCACUCGAGUCAUGUAUACCCUCUUUCACAUUAUGAGCUGUGCUGUCUCCUGCCUCAUGCUGUCGCGCACCGUCUCUGAGCUUGUCAGAGAAAAUGUGCCUUUCUUCAACGUAAUGUGCGAUCAGGCACAUGGCGGUGGUCACUGUGAGAUGCUUGUAGGCUACUCAGCAGUCUACAGAGUCUGCUUUGGCACUUCCUGUUUCUACCUAAUGAUGGCAAUCUUCCUCGUGGACGUCAAGUCUAGUCAGGACUUUAGAGCACUCAUACACAAUGGUUUCUGGUUCCUGAAACUUAUAACCUUGCUCGGGAUGUGUGCUGCUGCCUUCUUCAUUCCAACGGAGUCAUUCCUCCAUGCUUGGCAUUACGUUGGUGUGGUGGGAGGAUUUGCCUUCAUCCUCAUUCAGCUUAUCCUCAUCACUGCUUUUGCACACACCUGGAACAAAAACUGGCUUACAGGAGCAGCAGAAAAUAAACGUUGGUACUUGGCGGUGAUGUGCGCCACGCUUUUCUUUUACACCAUUGCCACCAUGGCCUUCACUUUCAUGUACAAAUAUUACACGCACCCCAUUGCCUGCCAAUUCAAUAAGGCCCUGCUGUGGAUCAACUUGGGACUCUGCUGCCUCAUGUCUUUCAUUGCAAUCACGCCAUGUGUCAAGCAGAAGCAACCUCGAUCAGGGCUUCUUCAGGCCUCCAUCAUCAGCUGUUAUGUCAUGUAUCUCACCUUUUCUGCAUUGUCUAGUCGCCCUCCUGAAAAAGUUGUUUAUCAGGGCAUGAACAUGACAGUAUGUUACCCCAGCGUGGGGCAAGAUGGGAUCCAAAAUGAGGGCAAUGCUGUGGCCAUCAUUGGAGCUGCAAUCAUGUACUGCUGUGUUCUUUUUGCAUGCAAUGAAGCUUCCUACCUUGCAGAGGUAUUUGGUCCAUUUUGGAUGAUCAAAGUUUACCGCUAUGAGUUCCAGAAAGCCACAUGCUGUUUCUGCUGCCCCGAGGAGGAGGAAGUCGAGGAAGAGUUUGUGAUCGAUGAUGACAACAAGGGCUGUCAGAAGGUCAUCCAUAAUGAGACGCAGAGAGUGGCAUAUAGCUACUUUUUCUUCCAUUUUGUCUUCUUCUUGGCCUCACUUUAUGUUAUGAUGACCCUCACCAACUGGUUCAGUUAUGAGUCGGCAGUGCUGGAGACCACCUUCACUCAUGGAAGCUGGUCGACAUUCUGGGUGAAGAUGUCAUCAUGCUGGGCCUGUGUGAUCCUCUACCUUUGGCUGCUGCUGGCCCCCUUGUGUAGCUGUCAAAAUGAUUCCAGACCCCGCCGCUCCCGCAUCAAACGACGCUCGCCGUCCUCCCGUCACGUCACUGUAAGCGUUUGA